AUGUCUAAAGAUGCCUGGAAAAUUAUUGCUGUUACAGCCUUAUGUUCAGUAGCCAUCACGAAAUGUAUAGAUAUAGCUUGGAAGUUGAGGUCUUCAAAACCCCCGAAGGUCAAUACAGGAAUAGAUAAGGCUUCAAAGGACAAAGAAUAUGAUGAUGAAUUAUUCAGAGAACAACUUGCUCGUAACUAUGCAUUCUUAGGUGAGGAAGGUAUGGAAAAACUCAAAGAACAAUACAUUGUUGUAGUGGGAGCUGGUGGCGUAGGUUCGUGGGUUGUUACAAUGCUAGUACGCUCAGGAUGUUUCCAUAUACGAGUGAUUGACUUUGAUCAAGUAUCACUGAGCUCUCUAAAUAGGCAUAGCUGUGCCAAUUUGAGUGAUGUUGGGACACCAAAAGUGAAUUGCCUGAAAGAGCAUCUACUGAAAAUUGCACCAUGGUGUGAAAUUGAAGCUAUAAAUGAAUUGUGGACUAUUGAAAAUGCUGAAAGACUUAUUUAUGGCGGAGGGAAGCCAACAAUGGUUGUUGAUUGUAUUGAUAACUUGAAUACGAAAGUUGAUUUAUUGAAAUAUGUUUAUGAUCAAAAACUGCAGGUUAUAUCAUCUAUGGGUGCUUCCACAAAAAGCGACCCAACCCGUAUAAAUAUUGGAGAUAUCACAGCGACCGAAGAAGACCCAUUGGCACGUUCUGUGAGAAGGCGCUUAAAGCUUAAGGGUGUACACACGGGUAUACCAGUAGCUUUCAGUGCCGAAAAGCCCGAUCCACGUAAGGCAAAACUAUUGCCUUUGCCCGAUGAAGAGUAUGAAAAGGGUAAAGUAGGUGAGUUGAGUGCUUUAAAAGAUUUUCGUGUAAGAAUUCUUCCGGUUUUAGGCACAAUGCCCGGAAUAUUUGGCUUGACAAUUGCCACAUGGAUCCUGGCAAAAGUAUCUGGUUAUCCAAUGGAUCCAAUCGAGGGAAAGAACAGAAUGAAGCUCUAUGAUGGAUUAUUUCAGACUUUGGCUGGACAAAUGACACGGAUUGGAAUAAAAGAUCAACGUGUUCCGGUAGCCUUAUCAGACGUAAGUUAUGUUUUGGAAGAAAUUUUUAGAGGUAAAUCUCCAAUUAGUGGGUAUUCGACCAAGCUUACUUUAUCCAAGUGGGACCCCUCAAAACCUGUUUCAUUGCAAAACGUUGUAAUUUUGACCAAAGAGGAAAGACAGAAACAUGAGGACCGCGUACUAAAUGGGGGCGAAAAGCUGGAGGACGUAUAUCCCAAACACAUUUUGGAUAGGAUUGACGCAAAAUUUCAAGAGGAAAGAUACUACUCGCAAUUUAGGUAA